AUGAGAGGCGUAGUGGUAGUGUUGUGGGCCCUUUGGGCCUGCUCCUGGGCCGACAAGUGUGAGAAGAUCACCAUACCCAUGUGCCAGGAGCUUGGGUACAACUUGACCGUGAUGCCUAACUUUGUCGGACAUGAGGACCAGCUGCAGGCGGAGCGUGGUCUGCAGGCAUUCAUGCCUCUGGUGCACUACAACUGCUCGCGACACCUCCGCUUCUUCCUGUGCUCGGUGUUCGCUCCGCUGUGCUCCGAGCAUGUCAUCGGAGCCAUCCCAUCAUGCCGAGGUCUCUGUGAGGAAGUGGAGGCUGACUGUCGUCCCGUCAUGGACACCUUCGCCUUCCCUUGGCCUGCGCUGUUCAACUGCUCAAGGUUUCCUGUCCCGGAGAGAAACGGACUAUGUAUGCAGUUCCCUAAUGUCAGUGAGGAGAAGGGAGCAAAGGGAGGUUGGCCAGAGUCUACCUCCGGAGUGGUCCCUCCCCACCAUCAGUGUCCCCCGGACUUCACCCGGACCCGGGAACCCACCUCUGUGACAUGUAGUCCCAAGUGUGGCCGGGAUGCUUACUACCGCCAUGAGGACAAGCUGUUUGCCGAGCGCUGGAUGACAGGCUGGGCCUGGUUGUGUUUUGUCUCUACUCUCUUCACACUGUUGACAUUCUGGGUGGAGCCUGCGAGGUUUCGGUACCCAGAACGUCCUGUUGUGUUUCUGGCUCUCUGCUACAACGCAACGUCUCUCGUGUACAUCAUCAGAGGCUCCGUGGGUCCCGAGGCCUUCACCUGCACCUCGGCUACAGAUGGGUACGACGGCUACGUGGCCGUGGAUGGUCUGGAGACUGCUCCGUGUACUGUGGUGUUCCUGCUGCUCUACUACUGCGGACUGUCUGCUAGUGUUUGGUGGGUUGUGUUGGCAACAUCCUGGUACCUCUCAGCAGCCAAGAAGUGGAGCAGUGAGGCUGUACAUGGUCUAGCCUCGUACUUCCACGUGGCCGCGUGGGCUUUCCCCGCAGUCCUGGCACUCCUCGCCCUCGCUCUACAUCGCGUCUCCGCUGACGAGCUUACCGGGCUGUGUCAGGUGGACGAGUCGUCCUCCAUCACGUUCCUGGUGAUCCCCCACGGCAUCAUGUUGGGUCUCGGCUGCAUCGUGGCGUGUCUCGGCGCAGCAGCUUUGGUCAGAGUGAGAACCGAGUUAAGACAAGCGGGAGGAAGUACGGCGAAACUAGAGCGCCUAAUGACUCGGCUGGCUGUGUUCACAGCGUUGUAUGUUCUCCCCGCCUUGGCAGCACUGGCAUGUCUAAUGUACGAGGCACGGCAUCGCCCCAAGUGGCGUACUCUGGCGCUACUCUCAGCUCUGGACUGCAGUGCCUCCCCCAGCUGUGCCCCGGGGCCCUCCUACCACUGGGCUGGAGUGGAAGUUGUGCUUCUACGAGUGUUCCUGUCUCUAGUUGUGGGAGUCACAUCCGGGAUGUGGGUUUGGUCCGGGAAAACCUGUAGAUCUUGGAGCAGACUGUUUACAGCUCCGAGGAAAGCUCGGCCUGUCCCCAUCACAAGGGUCUGA